AUUAUUUCACCUUCUAUCAUUAUGGCAAGGGUUGUGCAGCUUGGACUAUGGCUUGGUGUUUUGGGCUUUGUUUUGGCACAAGAUCAAAGUAAACAUUUUGGAUCAAAAGGGUCAGAUGAAACUUUUCAUAGAUGCCAAGUUGCUUCCUUUGCAAGAGUGUUAUGUGGAGACCCUGCUAUUAGUAGUACGGACUGCGAAGCCCUCAAUUGCUGCUUUGAUCAACAGUGCUAUUUUGCAAAUGAAGUUACUGUCCACUGUCUCCGGGAUGGCCAGUUCAUGGUUGUAGUGUCCAGAGCCGCCACCUUGCCUCUGCUUGACCUUCCUUCUGUGAACUUGCUGGAGGGCCCCAGUGGCGGUUACUGUGGUCCUGUUAGUGCCUCUCCUGCUUUUGCGGUCUUCCAGUUUCCAGUCAGUGACUGUGGAACCACAGUGAGGGUGGAAGGGGAUUAUGUGAUCUAUGAGAACAAGAUGUCCUCCACAUAUGAAGUGGGCGUUGGCCCUUUAGGUUCCAUCACAAGGGACAGUAUUUAUGAGCUGUCCUUCCAGUGCAGGUAUUUUGGCAGUGCUGUGGUUUCUCUGGUGGCUGAGGUGAAUACGGUGCCUCCUCCCCUUCCGGUAGCUGCUCCAGGGCCCCUUCGUGUUGAGCUCAGACUGGCUAGCGGUCAAUGUGACUCCAAAGGAGCACAUGGAUGUGCUGAUGCGGUGUACAGCAACUACUACGGAGAUGCGGACUACCCUGUGACCAAGGUGCUACGGGAACCUGUGUAUGUGGAAGUGCGGAUCUUGGAAAGGACUGACCCAAACCUUGUCCUGCUUCUGGAACACUGCUGGGCUACAUCCACCUCCAGCCCCCUCAGCCUACCCCAGUGGAGCCUUUUGGUUGAUGGGUGUCCCUACCGUGACGACCGUUACCAGACAUCCUUGGUUCCUGUAGAUGCCUCUUCUGGACUUCUCUUCCCCAGCCACUACAAGCGGUUUAUUGUGCAGAUGUUUACCUUCGUGGAUCCUGAAUCCUUCGUUCCACUGAAGGAAACGGUGUUCAUCCACUGUAGCACGGCAGUUUGCCACCCCUCUGCUACCGAUCGCUGUGAACAGCGGUGCAACAGUGGAAAGCAAAGAAGGUCAAUUGCUCCUGUAGUCAAGCGGUCCCCUGAGGAAAAGGCUAUCGUUUCCAGUAAGCCUGUAGUCCUGACCAAUACAGAGCUUACAGCCACAGACCAGAGGCUUCACAGUGAAGUGCCCUCGUCUCUCAGCUAUGGUCUCCUGGGAGUGGCUGCAUGUGUUCUGCUAGUCUCAACCCUGGCACUGGGCGCUGCAUGUGUUAAACGAUCUCGAGUGGAACCGAAGGUGUGAAACUUUACAAAAAUAAAGAUCUUAUGGAAAAUC